AGCAAAAUGGAAUCCAUGAAAGAUAUCAAGGAAUGGCUAAUUAAUAAAUGUAAGAUUCCUAAUAUAAACGCUCCGGAUGGUUAUGGUUCGGAUCAAGGUUCGUCUUUCUGUACUGUAGUUACUCCGAGAAACAUUCCAGAAUUUGUAAUCCCGGGUUCUAACGAGUCGUCUCGGCAACCGUCAGUGUGUUCAAAUGAAGAUGAUAUCGUAAGUCAAUCAAGCGGCGCGAGUGUGGUAUGUUUUACUCCAAGCCCUGGUGUUUCACCCCGGGGUUCUUUCUCCUGUCUUGAGGUGCCUUAUAACAAUAAGAGCCCCGUCCACACGCGAUCCGCUCCGGUGUCACCAAAACACGACACCAAUAAUGGAAUUCAAGCGUUUAGUGCUCUUUCGAUGGUCGAACUUGGAGAACGGGAAACAUAUGGAACAAAUGCCGAUCCAUGCUCAACCGCUGCCGUAAGUCUACUGCAUUUCAGAACACGAACGAACUACGGCUUCACGACCUUGAAAGAAAGUCCACACAGUAGGCGCCGAGAGUCCUUGUUUAUGGAAUCCACAGGACAGCCCAAAACGAACGUUAAAAUAAAAUACCCUUCAUGUAUCGACAUAGGUAUAGAGAAAUGCUCUCUGAAUAAUGCUCAAAAUAAUGUUUAUAAAAAAAACCCAAGACGGGAGCAUUCUAUGGACAACAAACGAAUGUACGAUCGUCGGAAUACGUUGUCGGAGAAGGAUUGUUAUCGCAACAGCAAACGUUACUACAGACGACGAUCAUCGGCGUUCACCCCGGAACCGGAGUACAAUGGCGAUGACAGUAGUUCAGAUACAACUAGUCCAGGACCUCAAAGACGUGGACAUUAUCUCCCAACUUUUGAAACUCCCGUGAAACGCCACUCGUCGCCGUGUUGCACACCUAUUACUCAAGGUCCAGAUAUCGUGAGAGACUUCUCCAACAAGUCCUGCUCAUGCUCAAGCAUUUCGAAACCCUACACUUCAAGGAUUGCCGAACUUGGUGAACUCAAAUUCUCGUUUCAAUAUUUUCCUCAUUCUAAAAAACUCCGUGUAACCAUGAUCAAAGCCGAGAAUCUCUAUGUCCACAACAAGGCCACUCAUCAUUUGAAUAUCUACGCCAAAUUGUAUCUUAUGCCCGGGAAAAUACAGAGACAAGUGUCGCAAUUUGUGAAGCAAACGCGUAAUCCUCAUUUUAAUCAGGAAUUUCAUUUCGACGGAUUUAGUAUCGACGAAUUGGAAGCUAUGAGAGUAAGGAUUAAAUUAUUCGACAAAGGCCAGAAAUUAAAACUCACGGAAUACAUAGGGGAAGUAAACCUUAAUCUCUCUAAUUAUGAUCUACUGCAAGAAAACAGGAUGUGGAAGGACUUAGAAACUAAAAGAAACUGUGAGGAUCUCGGUCAUCUGUACGUGACCUUGAACUAUGAACCUAGAGGCGAAAGGUUAACUGUGAUGGUUGUAGAGGCUACUGGAUUACCUCAACAUAAUAUAACCGGUCCACCAGAUCCAUACAUUAGAGUGGAGGUUAUCCAAACCGGAAGGGGCGUGGCCCGGAAACAAACGAGGACGCGAAAGAAUACAACACACCCGGUAUUCAAGGAGACUUUCACGUUCACGAUAUCAACUCGACAAGAAGAUUUACUAUAUACAACAAUAAAACUAACUGUCUUUGAUUACGACAGAAUCAGAAAUGAUGACGUCAUCGGUGAAGUUCGAAUAGGAUAUGGAUCCCCGGAAGAAAGUGGCUUAGAACAUUGGACGCGAAUAACCAGAGAUUUGGAACGGGAAGUGAGCCGAUGGCAUUACAUCAAUGAUGUCUCAAGUAGUUCUUAGUUUCGAUCAAUCAAGACUGAAAUAAUUGUGGGAGUUGCAUAACGUCGGUGAAGUGUC